GGAAUUCACCUAUAGAUAAUGGUGCUAACUCUAUCUUAAUGGAUUCUUAUCCUACACAUGCAAGGAGUCAUUCAAAUUUAUUCACAGCUAGAGACUCACCAAUGGAUAAUUUAGGAAUUCUAUUAACAGCAUUCAAAAAAAAAGUUACCAGAGAGCAAGCUGCUGCAAUUUAUAAAUCUUCUGGGUUUAGCCUCAGUGUUUCAAUGGCAUGUAUAAAUGAGGGUCCAACAUUGGAAUCAAUUUUAUUAGUGUUGAAUCAGAAGAUGGAGCAUGCAGAAUCGGUCAUUGUUACAGUGCACACAAAUGACAUGUGGCAUGAUAUUCUGCGCCAUUAUAAGGCUGGUACUGUUGAUUUUGGAAAGCAAUUGUUCAUUAAGUUAAGUAAUACACUUGCUAUUGAUGCAGGAGGUGUACGUCGUCAAGUAUAUUCAACAGUAUACAGUGAAUUCCAGUGUAAUAAGCAUAUAGAAUUAUUCACUGGACCUUUACACAGUCUUAGCCCUGCUUGUACUGCAGAAGCAAGGUCAAGUGGAUUAUUCAAAAUUUUAGGUAGUAUGGUUGGGCAUAGUAUAUGGCAGGAUGGCAUUGGGUUCCCAUUUUUUUCAUUGACAAAUUACACUUAUAUGAUGGAAGGUGAGGAGAAAGCACUUCAAGUAUGUUCAGAUAAUGAUAUUGGUGCUGGUGUUGCUGCAGUUAUUUCAAAGUUGCGAGAUAUUAAGACUGAAGAUGAUGGAAAAGAGGUUAUGAAAGAUGAACUAAUCCUUGAUAUUAUUAGUCGUUGCAGAGUUACAAUGAUUCCCAAUCCUUCUACAAAAAAUAUAAUAGUUCAGAAUAUCAUCACAUAUGAAGCAUUGUUCAAGCAUUCAAACUUACUUGAUCAAUUUGUUGAAGGAUUGAAGGCCACUUCUCUCUAUCCACUACUGAGAGCUUUUCCUGCCCUAUUUCAACCUCUGUUUACUUUUACAGAGCUUACUUCUGAGGAAGUUCAAAAAUCCCUCAUUUUUCCGAACGAGGAGUCAUUCAUUGCACAAGAAAGUAUUAUUUUACGUUAUCUAAAGAAAUACAUUGAUGAAUGUGAUUCAGAAGGUUUGAAGGAAUUUGCACUCAGUAUUACAGGUAGGAUUUCAGUCCUGCCAAAGUCAAUUGAAAUAAAAUUUGAAGCAGAUCGCAUGGGGACAAUAGCUACUCAUAGCUGUUCAGGAGAAAUAAUUUUUCCACGCCAAUUUGAAGGAGACUAUGAAAUGUUUUGUUUGGCUUUGAAAUCAGUUUUAAGUCAUGACUUUAACACGUAUUAAUUUGUUUACAUUGUAACAUGGUUUUUUCUGACUUAAUAAUUAAUAUUGUGGUGUGUUUGCUAGUUAUUAGAUUUGCUUACAUAGUUAGAUCAAGAGUAUAUAGAUAUUAUAACUAAU